CGUUGGGUACCGCACGUGUACCGGCCCUGUAGUACCAGGCGCCACCGCAAAAGGUACACAACUGACACGCGAACACGAAGGGAACUUUGCAACGGGUACAGAGCCGCAUGCACAAAAGAAGUUUCCAAGCUUCUAAGUCCAUGGGGUACAAGUCAGGUACCGGGCGUUGUACCCGCUGAGUGAGGCAUGUACCUGCUAAAUGAAACGGGAGAGCGGCCCUUCUGUACCUGAUGAAGAUGACAAAAUUUUCGUCGAUCUGUAAUGCGCGAGUGACACGGCCUACAAACAACGAAACAACGUGUGAACUGCGUGCGGUUUCGGAUUAGAUUUUCUCGGCGGAACCGGAUGACGACUGCGGAGUAGGAAAGCUUUCCUGGCUUUCCUACCUCCACGGAGCCCACAAACCUUUUUAUACUGCGACAUUACUUUUAAUUUGCUUUUCUAAUUUGUUUUUCUGGAAUUGCCUGACGACGUAUGCUGACUGUGUCGAAAGUAAUAAAAUCGUUUAUGCGGCCUAUCGUCUCACGUCCGUGCGUCCGUCGUGGUUUCACGUUUCGCAUGCGUUCCGCGGUUUCGUCUGCCGUCGUUUUGCUUUGUGUGAAGCAGAGGAUCUGCCUUAUUGGCUUCCCCCAUCGGCAGUCUUAGCCCACACAUGUUAAUGGUAUUCAGCGUUCGUGACGCAUCUUACGUCCGAGACGCCCUGGACCUCAUACAAUGAGCACGAACAAGGACGUAAGAGGCACCGUCCGGGGUGCGUGCACAACCUGUGAGUGCACAUCAUUCAUGAGGAGCACUGAGCUGUGGACGUCAGGGCCUUUCCCGCCAGGAUGGUGCGAAUAUUGUGGACACUCCCCUGUGUCUCACGUCGCGGUUGACAUAUUUGCAAGCACAGAACGCACCCAGCGAACAGAGUCCACAUUAGAGUUGAUCACUUCAGGGCGAAGACAACCAGACCUGCCUUUUUCUGCUCACUCUGUUCUAAACACUUCAGCCUCUGCUGAGGUUACAUCUGUUUUUGCAGGAAGUCAGAGUUCCACCACAGAAGAACCAUGUCAGGGCCCAACGGCUGCAGCAGGAACUGCAGGUUGCACAUCUGCUAUCAGAACUGGUGGUGGUAAUAUGAUGGUGGAUGACAGCUCGGGUAUGGCAGAAAUGCCAAGCACUUCUCAGGAGCAUCCCCUUGGAACAUCAUCGAUACUGCAGGCGGUUGAAAAUGUUUGUCGUGCCGCGGUAGAACAGUCCUCCAGAGAAAAGUUUACGUUGCCAGAGUUUUCACCCAUGGUGCAACCCCUUCUUAAAGGAAAAUCUCUGUCCGAGAAGAUGGAAAAAAUGCUUCAGCAGCAACUCCAAGAUGAGCUUAUAGAAUACCUAGAUGAGAAUCAACUCAUAAUAAAUGAAGCACCAUGGCAGUUGAGAGAGCAAUAUAAAGCACUUGGGCGGUGCCUGCUGAAGUGUCACCCAUGCAUACUGUGGCCUAGCGCCAAACCUGGCUCGAAAGCGGAGAGGAAUGCAAAGUACUGUUGGAGUGUAUUCAUGCACCGGCUAUCGCUCAAGCGAAAGAUACGGCGGCUAAGGGCAAAGUGGAGCAAGAACAUGGCUGGGGUAGAUACCCAGUGUCCUUCGACAGAGAACAGCAUGCACGCUGUAGAAAUUCUUGGGACAGCCAUGAGCUGUAACGAGGCACAGAAUGAGCUGAAUGUACUGGCAAGCUUCGAACACGGAACAGUAAGCUUCAACCUGGCACGCUUGAAACAACUGUUGCGUCUAUCCUAUGAAGUGAGAAGACUUGAAUACCCUGAGAGACUGCCAGUGUACUUCUUAAACGAGGAUGCGCUCUGCGUUGAAGCUGAACUAAGGUUCCAGCUCUCGAUCGAAGAAAUGGUGGCGAAGUUGAACCAUGUACGUCAAGAGUUCAUUAUGGAGCAUGGUGGAGAAAGCUUUGCAGACAUAGACUGCUACCUACGGUCCAGGAAGUGCAAAACUGCACUCAUCACACUUGAGGACGUAAAUGAAGGUCAGCGUGUGCCAGGUCCCAGCCUAUCCUUCACUGCGAAGAAGGAAAUCCGCACAAGGCAUGAAGCGAUCGACCUCAGCAGUAGCUGCAGUAUGGAGAAAGCACUCAUUCUUGUACUCUGUGUGUACUAUGUGAAAAACCUCAGCUACCCUCAAGCUUAUGGCCAAACGCUGGGUCUCCUUCAAACCGUGCUAGUGAAGGACUCUUAUUUCAACGCUGCUCUGCAGACAAAACGCCUUGCUAUGUUGCUGAAGCAUCUCGGUGUGUCCCGUCAGGAACCGCAAAAAGCUCAAAGCCUGCUUUCACUUAUCCGCUAGUCUUCCCACAUUGCCAUAACAUAGAGAUGACGUAGUGGAUGACUGGGCUUCUUGUGGUUUUCCCGCUGAUAUAAGCGUAGUACAAAGCCAACAAGCCUUCCUAACAGCUGUCUUACUGACAUCACUAGAAGCUGCUGGCGACAUUUCAUUUUACCUUGAAUGCAUAUUCGUUGAAAGUGUUAAAGCCAAGAGGGACAUAAACAACAGGGCACGCUUUCAGCAGCUGUUUUAUGCGCUGUCACAGUGGCUUAAAUACAUGUCAACCACUCUGUUUUUUCUCGCA